UGACAGCAAGGGCGGGCCCGGAACGGCCGCCCGGCGGGGGCGGGGCUCGGCAGCCACGUGACGCCGGGCGGUUGGUCACGUGACGCGGCGUGCGGCCGGCCAAGAUGGCGGUGUGCAUCGCGGUGAUCGCCAAGGAGAAUUACCCACUCUACAUCCGUAGCACCCCCAUGGAGAAUGAGCUCAAGUUCCACUACAUGGUGCACACAUCUUUGGACGUGGUGGAUGAGAAGAUCUCCGCCAUGGGGAAGGCUCUAGUGGACCAGCGGGAGCUCUACCUGGGUCUGCUCUACCCAACAGAGGACUACAAAGUAUAUGGCUAUGUGACCAACUCCAAGGUGAAGUUUGUCAUGGUGGUGGACUCCUCAAACACAGCCCUUCGAGACAACGAAAUUCGCAGUAUGUUCCGGAAGCUGCAUAACUCCUACACAGAUGUGAUGUGUAACCCCUUCUACAACCCUGGGGACCGCAUCCAGUCCAGGACUCUGAGCCCUGACCUGGGGCCUCUGCUGGGGAAGGAUUGGGGACCACGAGGGCCUUUGACAACAUGGUGACGUCGAUGAUGAUCCAGGUGUGCUGAGCAGGUCUUGCUGCCUGCACCCUGACCUGAGAGGGGCGUCGUGUACAUAGCUGCUUGGAGUGUCUAUUUAAAGUCAUUUGUCUUCCCAAGUGUAAGGGGGGUAUCUUGCCACUAAAGCUUGGGAGACGAGG